GUUUACGACCUUGGAACCCCCCAACGCACUGGCCCAGAGGUGAACAUCACAGUGUUCGUACAGGGUAAUGACAAUUCACCAUUCUUCCUCAACGACCCAUACGCCCGUACCCUGGUUGAGACAGAGGCCGUUGGAACACUUGUGUAUGACACUCUGGCUCCAUUCAACACACUUACCUACUCCAUUAUUGGUGACGAUGCAGCUGCUUCAUAUUUCCGCAUCAACUCGACAACUGGUAAUGUGUUCCUGGCCAGCAGUGUGUAGUUUGAUACUUGCUCAGCCUACCAAGUUCGACUUCAAGUUAACGAUGGUGGAAUUCCGUCACGUUACGACUCUGCCAUUCUUACCGUUUCCGUUACCAGUAAUCUACAGGCUCCGCAGAACUAUGAAGUUACGAUAUUUGAAGACCAAAAUUUGGGCGAGAAUAUCAUCUGUACAACGGCUAUUGAUAGUGAUGUAAGGUCCCCACAUAAUGAAGUUGGCUAUGAGGCCGUCAGAUCAGGAUCGGGCAAUGCAAUGACAUAUUUUGCGAUUUCUGCAACUGAUGGGUGUGUGUAUGUGCGACAUUCCCUGAGGACCAACAGUUUCCUUCAGAGUGAAUUCACAAUGUUUGUUCGAGCUUACGACCUAGGUACUCCCCAGCGAAGCAGCGCACAGCAGGCAACAGUGAGAAUUACCAUUCUCAGAAACAACAACUGCCCCGUGUUUAAUAACCUUCCAAAUCAGAUAGAUAUCUCGCAGACCCAGUCAACCCUGAGCAGGAUCUUCAAUGUCUCGGCUACUGAUAGCGACGCUCCGGGUCGAUUCAGCACAAUCACUUACUCUUUGAUUGGUGAUGACAACACUCAGGUGCUGUUCAACAUUGAUGGGAAUGGCUUCAUCUAUGUUUCUGCUAACAACCUCAUUAGUAACGCAGCUAGCAUGUACAAGCUGAGAGUUCGCUCAUCGGACGGUGGCUUCAUUCCAUGCUACAGGGACGCUGUGUUGACUGUGAAUGUUCGAGGUAACGAGUUUGCCCCGUUCUUUGUUCCCAACUUCUUGUACACCGUAACCAUUAUGGAGACACACAACACUGGCCAGAGCGUCGUCACAGUACAGGCACAGGAUAAUGACAUCCAGUCUCCAAACAAUCUUGUGAACUAUUACAUUGCCUCCUACUCGGCCAACCGAAACAUGUUCUACAUGGACCCAACCACAAGGAAUGUCUUCCUCAGGACCAGUAUUAUCGGCACCAACGUUAACCACUACAAUGGCACCAUUGUGUAUCGUCUGGACGGCUUUGUGCCAGGUACCAACUACUUUGGCUUGAAAACUGCCACCGGAGACAUUUACGUUACCAACAGUCUUGCUCUUAGCCAAAUAAACACCUACCAAGCAUUCACGCAUUCGGCCUAUGACAGUGGUGCUCCGCUAGCCAAGGUCCAGGAAACAGUAACCAUCACGGUCAACAGGAAUCUGAAUACGCCCAUCUUUGAGAGCCAGAAUUACGAGGAAACAGUUUACGAUUUUGAGCCAAUCGGAAGCAGUGUGGUGGUCUUAAGGGCUACUGAUGCCGAUACGAUAAGUCCUGAGAACGUGAUUAUGUAUGAUAUUGCAGCGUCAACACAGUGAACGAUAUGUUCUCCAUUCACCCGAUCAAUGGUCUGAUUACGAUUAACAGAGCCCUCACAACUGAGUCUUUCAACAACUACAGGCUGAUUGUGUCUGCUGAGGAUCUCAGUUACCCAUUCCGCAGCUCGUCCGCAACUGUGAACAUUGUCGUGAUCAGGAACAAUAAUGGUCCAAUCUUCACCAGCCUUGGCCGAUAUGACAUCACCAUCAAUGAGGGUGCCCCAGUCCUUCAAGAGGUCUUGACAGUGACUGCCAACGAUGCUGAUGAUGGCCUUAUUGGUCUUGUCCGCUACAAUAUGAUCGACUCUCCAGCCUCAUCAGUGUUUGGAAUUGAGUUGGGUAACUGGCCAGAUCUUCCCACGGGUUUCUCUUCUCGAAGUGUCUGAGGAUAUUUACCAGUUCCAAGUACAAGCAACAGACACCGGGAUCGUUCCACGAUCCAGCACAGCUCAGGUUACUAUCCGCAUCACACGUGAGGGUAAUCCAUACUUCUCCCAGCAAGAGUUCGAGGUCACUAUUCCGGAGGACAAAAUGGUCUGAACGCAGGUCUUCGACCUUGAUGCUGUUGACCCAAGAUCUGGUUCUGUGCUUGUGUACGAUAUUUAAGGAGAUGGUGAUGCCGUCACUCAGUUAAAGAUUGACUCCGUCACUGGCAGAAUUGACUUAGCGGUUUCCCAACUGAACAACAAAGUUAACUCCUAUGUGGUUCGCGUACGAGCUUACAGACGAGACUUCUUGGACCAAGAGGCACGAACCCUGGUACGUGUGUACAUCACCCGUAACAGCGCAUCCCCAACAUUCAAACAUGGCGACCUCACAUUCACUCUUAACGAGGACCAGUCCCUCGGCAUGUCCUUCGGAGAAGUUGAAGCCACAGAUGCAAAUACUGGCCGCAAUGGUGAGAUCCGAUACAGUAUCCGAUCAACAGAUGCUGAUCCUGCUCAGACCCUCGAAUAUUUCUACGUGAACCCAAUUUCGGGCACCAUCUCUGUGAUAAAGCCUCUGUCUGAGGACACAACAUACCCAAACAAUUACAGGUUCUGCAUAGUGGCCGCUGACCAGGGCGUACCAAGCUUAUCAGCAGCUGUCCGAGUGACUGUGAUUGUUGUCAGGAACAGGAACGGCCCCAUUUUCCGUGAGGAUGCAAACCAUCUCUGAAUUCCAACCUAUUAACACCUUGGUGUUUGCUGUAGCAGCUGAUGAUGCAGAUAAUUUGCUGUUCGGGUCUAUUUAAGUUAAGUCAGCAUCUGUCUACCAGACUGCAAGAUACAUCUCUUCCAAAGGGUUUCAUUGCUUCCCAGAUACUCUGUGGUGUGUGUCAGCAGAAAUGCAGAGUGGUACCACCAGUCACCUAAGCCACCUUUCCUCUCACAGAAAAGAGGCUCAUGUGGACAGUCUCUGAAUUUACAGCAAACUUGAGGCCGGGGCAAAUGAUGAUGGACCAAUCUGUCUGAUGAUGGACCUGUCUACCUGAUGAUGGACCAGCCUGCCUGAUGAUGGCCUAUUUAACAUUUACAUUUUUAAAUGCAUCAAAACUGUAGUUUAAUGUCAGGAAAAACAAACAGCUACUUCAACAAUCACAGAAAAAAAACAACUAAUAGUUUGAUGUCUGGUUGCUUGUGUUCAAGAGGACCUUUCAAGGACAAGAAGCUGUGCUGGUCAAAGAGUAGUCCUGUCUGGAAUUUCAUUUCUCAAGAGAACAGUCCUACAAAUGUACCGAAUCUUCAGUUUUACCCAAAAUAUUAUAUCUAGAGAUUCUGAUGUGCCAAAAAGCUGCCAUAGCCGAGGUCAAGCAACGUGAAGUCGGGAGAUGCAGCACUGAGCUGAUUCAUGUGUCUGAUGCACAUGUUCAUAAUUUGUGGAAAAAGAGUGUCAUAGCUCAAAUCUAUUCUGCAAAAUCGUAAUUAAAGGCAUUUUCUUUGUGAUCCGUGUCCUAGAAGACUUAGUGAAAACCAGAUUUUGGAAUAUCUAAGAUAAUAUGCAGUGUACAGUGAUGAAAUUCACACAAAGGUUACUGGGGGUAUAGGCACCUAGUUUCUAAAAGGAUUUUAUCAAGUUGCUGUUUGGGACAUUUAAGUAUAGCCAUACUACUUGAUUGUUUGGUUGAUUAAGUUUGAGUUUGUGUAAGUGAUUAAGUGUGAGGCCAUAACUCGAUGACUGUUGGGCUGUAAAGGUGUGUGAGUGUGUUCAUGCACUUUCACAUUUUCCCAUCUCAGUUGGCAUACAGGACCAUCUUCAGACAUGCUGCCAUGAAUGUGGGGGAGUUUAAAGCAUACAUGCCAUAUUUUCUUGGGUCGAUUUCGGGACACUCGUCGUACUGGUAACGCACACUAGGGGGAACGUCUGUGGUGCAUUCUAGAGCAUAUCUGGGGCUAUUUUAGUCGUUUGUAACGAUGUAUUUUUUACUUGACAUGGUUUGUCUUUUUCUGCAUUUUCUUGAAAAUAUAAAACCACCAGAUAUUUUCCCAGGCUUUAAAUGAAGUGCUAACCAGGAGGAUAUGCAGUCUACUUUCGGUUUCAUCAAAACAGGAAAUAAACAACUAUACAGGCACCUGUUUUCCCGCGCUUUUGAGAACAUGCAUAAAAUUUGGAUAGAGACGUGUCUGUUACAUCAGGAGAAAGACCCGCGGUUUCUGCAGGGCGUGAUAUUUGUGGGUUUGACAUCAACUGAAGGAUUUCAAUUUUAUUGCGUUUUGUAAUCAUAAUCCCAGCAUGAAUUAAUAUAAAUGAGUAAAUAAUACAAUAGAUUUACAAGCCUCCGCACACAUACAUGUCUCAAUUUUAUUUCGUUUUAUAAUAAUAUCAACGUAAAUGAAUUCAUGUGAAUAAAUAAUACAGUUAUACAAAAUCAAGAACGUGUCUUAUUUUUUUACAAGAACAUACACUAACAACACUAGUUACACACUUUACGGGCCUCAGCACACGUGUCAGACAUAAUAUCCGUCUUAAAGCACGGCGUUUUGAAGUUGUACUUCAAGGACAGUAGGGCGUUUAUCGCGUUCUUGUUAAGGUUGCCUCUGUCGUCCCUCUGGAUUUUCUUCAGACUGCUGAAGCAGCGCUCAGGAUCCGCGUUGGAGUGGGGUAGUGAGAGCGCGGCGAAAGCCAGCGGAACAAGCGUGGAGAACCGAACCUUCUGUAGGGACGUAACUACCUUCAACAUAGCUGCCCAGUAUGGAUCAAGUGGCAAACCAUUCUUGUAGGCGGGGCGUGAACUGUGCGCUAUCAACUGUUAGUCUACAAACUCAUCCUGUAUGGCAUCAACCGUCCCGACUCCCAAGGCGAACGGCCAGGUCGCAGACUGCAAGUACAUAUUACUCACCGGAUUUAGCAGGAGUGCUGUCUCUGAGCUCUGGUCGCAGAAAGCCAAGGCUCUUGAGGAUAGGGUUGUUCACGGGGAACUUGCUCAACAUCUUCUCCGUCAUUUCCAUGUAGAAGGCGCGGACCUUACUGAAGAAAUUUGCUUUUGUCUGUGAUGUGACGUCAUCACUCUUCAUGUAGUUACGAGCGUCCUGACCAACGCCGAUGUUAUCAUCGUCAUGCUGGUUGUGGCGGGUUGCGUAGUCCACCUUCGUAACAUCAGCUGCGCUCUUUAUCACGUGCAUCUUUACGAACUUCGACAUGACUGUCCUGAUCACGCGCAUUUCCUCGUGUAGAUGGCCAGCCAUCGCGUCACCAUUCUGAAAAAUAUAACACGUGUAACACAUAUCAAACGAAACUAAAUAUAGUUUGUUACAUCGUUAUUGUGGUAACCGUUUAUACAUAUUUAGUCAUUUAUUUAAGUGUUUAUUUUAUUAACCUGGAAAUCUGUGUUGAAGCCGUUCAGUGGUUUUAGGAUGUACGAUAGGAAGUGGAAGGUGAGCGGUAGAAGCGGAUCCUGAAGGUUUUCUACAACCCGUGCUACGCAGCUACCACGCCUUUCUGAUUCGUUGUGAAUCGUGAAGUAAGCUUCAAGCGCUGGCCAUUGUUGAAGAUAGCGAUUAACGCAAGUCUGGAGGGAGAGCCACCGGGUGCUGCAGUGCUGAACCAACUUGUAUGUAGCCGUGUCCGUGAAUUCCCGGAACUCUUGUAGAAUCUGUUGUCGCUUGGAGCUGUGCUGGAAGUGGGUGUACGUGUCUUGAAGAACUUCCUUGAUGGGCAUGGCAAGCUUCUUCACUGCAUAAUGUGUACAUGUGCUCAUUAUGUGGCACACACAUCCAACAUCCACGACGUUAGGUUGCUGUUCGCCGAUUUCUUAUUUUCCUGUGUUAUUUAUUGAUGUUUGAUUAAAUUUACAUUGCCAUCUUACUGAGUAACACUUUGAAUUUGGGCCUCAAUCAUAAAGCUAUAGCUUGGCAUAUUCUUAUACAAUCUUCCGUCUCAAGUUUACGUUUUUGUUCAGUACUUAACAGCUUUCUGAUACUUUUUGUUAAUUUUAGAUCUGUAUGAGGCCACUAUCAAGAAACCAGAUGCUCCGGGUGUGCAGUGGGUGACAAACUGCCCAGUAAAAUGUGUUUCUUUUUUUCCGGAGAGAUAUUUCUAGUGAAUUGCCCAGAUGCAGUGGUGUUGACGCUACAGAACCAACAGAGCUCCAUGACAGAGAUACAUGUUUCGGCAUCGUUGUCAGUACUGCAGUGUUGGAGUCCACACAAUUUUUGUGUGGAAAUGUCAUCUGACACUGCCUGUCUAGAGGGGCAUACUUCAAGCAUAGCUUACAGAAGUGCAUGGCCAUUCUCUGUCAUUUUCAGAUACACUGUGUUGUGUGUGGGCAGAAAUGUGGUACCACCAGUCACCUAAGCCACCAUUCCCCUCACGGACAAAAGGCUAAUGGGGACGGUCCCUGCAGUUAACAGCAAAGCUCUCAAUUGUAGCCCUACAAACUUCAGAUUCUGCCGAGGGUGUAGCUCUGGUGCACCAGGCCGAAUUUCCAGCCAUGUGGAAUCUACUUUUUCAGCUGAACAUGGACCGGGACUAAUAUCAGACUCCCUAGCAGCACAGAUCUCUUUCAUGGGUGGAUGGAUUCAGAGAUGACCCAGAGAUGCGGCCAUGACUGUGGCACAUACACGUUAUAGAUAGUGACUGUAAAGAAAUGAUGAUAGCAGAAAAACAAAACUAUCUUGAUAUGGUUUUCUGGUGUUAAAUCAAAAUACAAAGUGUUCAUAAUUUGUGGAAAAAUAGUGUCAUAGCUCAAUUCUAUUCUGCAAAUUUGUAAUAAAGUGGUGAACUGGAGUGAUUUUACAUAGAACAAGAAGGGCAUUUUCGUUGUGAUCCAUGUCCACAUAGAAUAUCCUAUCAUUUUCUGGAGACCAUUAAUGCUGCAGACAUCAGUUAUUAGAUUGGAUUGCACAAUAUCUCACCUCCUACAUGAAUGGCACUAUCUGAUUGGUCACAUGCACGAUGUGUAUAAUCCAUAAUAAUCCCUGUAAUUUUCAACAUUUUCACAAUAUACUCGUAAUAUUACAAUUAAAUUGUACAUACUCAUGAUAUUACAAUCAAAUUGUAUAUAGUUGUACAGCUGCUAAUAAAAGCAAUAGUUAUUUUAUAGUAUACUCAUGAUAUUACAAUCACAUGACAGAUGGCCUCCAGCCUUUUUAUAACAUUUACAAUCAAAGUGUACAUACCAGGAUAUUUUUGCUGAUUUUUACUUUAUAUCGUUGCUUUUAAUUAUUUGGUAAUUCCACCACAGUCAUUGUUGAUGAUUUUACUAAUUUAGGAAUUGUUUUCUUUUCUUUUCGCUGCCCCAAUUUAAAUAUCAUUGGAAUAAACAAUUACAACCAUCAA